AUGGGGACAGAGAAUGAGACUCAGAUUUCAGAAUUCCUUCUUCUGGGAAUUUCAGAGGACCCAGAACUGCAGCCUUUCCUCUUUGGGCUUUUCCUCUCCAUGUACCUGGUCACUGUGCUGGGGAACCUGCUCAUCAUCCUGGCCACAAUCUCAGACUCCCACAUGCACACACCCAUGUACUUCUUCCUCUCCAACCUGUCUUUUGUGGACAUCUGCUUCACCUCUACCACCAUCCCAAAGAUGCUGGUGAAUAUCCAGACAAGGAGCAAGGUCAUAACAUAUGAGGGAUGCAUCCUACAGAUAUAUUUUUUCAUACUCUUUGGAGUUUUGGACAAUUUCCUUCUGACUGUGAUGGCUUAUGAUCACUUCGUACCUAUCUGUCACCCUCUGCACUACACAGUCAUCAUGAAUCGUCGACUCUGUGUGUUGCUGGUGCUGGCAUCCUGGAUCACCAGUGCCCUGAAUUCCAUGUUGCAAAGCUUAAUGGCAUUGCGGCUUCACACCAACAACAUGAAACCAAGGAAUAGCACACAGAUUUCAGAAUUCCUUCUUCUGGGAUUUGCAGAGGACCCAGAACUGCAGCUCCUCAUCUUUGGACUUUUCCUCUCCAUGUACCUGGUCACUGUGCUGGGAAACCUGCUCAUCAUCCUGGCCACCAUCUCUGACUCCCACCUGCACACGCCCAUGUACUUCUUCCUCUCCAACCUGUCCUUUGUGGACAUCUGCUCCACCUCCACCACUGUCCCAAAGAUGCUGAUGAACAUCCAGACACAGAGCAAGGCCAUUACCUACACGGGCUGCAUCACCCAGAUGUACUUUUUCAUUCUCUUUGUAGGGCUGGACUUCUUUCUUCUGACUGUGAUGGCCUAUGACCGCUUUGUGGCCAUCUGCCACCCCCUGCACUACAAGGUCGUUAUGAACCACCAACUUUGUGUGUUGCUGGUUCUAAUGUGCUGGAUCCUGAGUGUUCUGAAUUCUCUAUUACAAAGCUUAAUGGUGUCCUGGCUCUCCUUCUGCACACAUGUGGAAAUCCCCCACUUUUUCUGUGAAAUCAAUGAGGUGGAUCACCUUGCUUGUUCUGACACUUUCUUUAAUGACAUGGUGAUGUAUUUUGCAGCUUUACUACUGGCUUGCUGUCCCCUCACUGGUAUCCUUUACUCCUAUUCCAAGAUAGUGUCCUCCAUCCUUGCAAUCUCAUCAACUCAGGGCAGGUACAAAGCCUUCUCCACCUGUGCAUCUCACCUCUCUGUGCUCUCCUUAUUUUAUGGCACAAGUCUAGGUGUGUACCUCAUUGAGCAGAUUUCUCCUAUUCCUUUAACCACAGGGUAG